GGCAUGUGCAGUUGAGCACAUGAAUUAGCACAGAGAAGCAAAGUAAACAGCUAAAUCAUAUUGUUUAAGUGUUUUCGACACUUUUGCCUUGGAAAAUAAUUAUCUAUAUUAACAAGAGUAAACAUCAAAGGUUCAUCCAAGAUCCUUUACACCAACUGUCCACUAUGAACCCAUUGCUAAUGAGGAGCCAGCAGAAAUCAAUCUGCUCCCAGCUGGGAAGUGUCAGACUAAAGCUGCUGUACAAGGCCAGCAUCCAUGGUUUCACCGGUGCAGCCUUCCACCAACGAUGUGACAACCAAGGUCCCACAGUGUCUGCGGGCUAUAAUGCUUCAGGUUACGUGUUUGGAGGCUACACCAGACAACCUUUCAGUCAGUCUGGCCAGUAUGUGCAUGAUGAUCAGGCCUUUCUCUUCACCUUCAAACAAGAAAAUCUCCUCAAAUAUCCGGUCACUGGUCCUGCUAAUGCAGUGAGAAUGAUAGCUAACUCUGGUCCAUAUUUUGGAGAAGCACUGGCAUUUGUCAAUGGAGGCCAGGCAAAAGUGCAUAGCAAUCCAGGAAAUUAUUACAACUUCAAUGCUGCAGAAAUGCAUGGCAACGACCUCAAUCUGACUGAAUGCGAAGUCUAUCAAGUGGAGGCAUUCCCAGAAUUUGAAAAGCCAUGGAGAUCGAUGGUCUGGGAGACUGAGAAGAGGACAAAGAUGAUGGAGAGUAUUAAGGUCUACUCUCCCACAGUCAGCUCUGUGUCUCAGCUUCGGGUCCUGCUCAUCGGACCAGUUGGAGCUGGAAAGUCCAGCUUCUUCAAUUCUAUCAACUCUGUGUUCAGAGGUCACGUCACCAGCCAGGCCAUCGCUGGCUCCUCUACCUCCAGCCUCACCACACAGUUCCGCACCUACUCAGUGAGAGCUGGACGAGGAGGAAAACCUCUGCCAAUCAUCUUGUGUGAUACCAUGGGACUGGAGGAAAACACAGGGGCAGGGAUUGAUAUUGAUGACAUCGUCAACAUCCUCAAGGGACAUCUGCCAGAUUGUUAUCAGCUCAACCCCUCUGUUGCUCUGCAAUCGGAGGCCCUUGGCUACCGUAAGUUUCCACAGAUCAAGGACAAGAUCCACUGUGUGGCCUACGUCAUUGAUGCCUGCAAGGUAUCCAUCAUGCCCGCAAAACUGGAGGAGAAGUUGGAAGCUAUCCGCAGAAAGGUCAACAUAAUGGGGAUUCCUCAGCUGGUCCUGAUGACUAAAGUGGAUGAAGCAUGUCCUUUUGUUUCACAGGACAUCAGGAACAUUUAUAAAAGCAGCUACAUCAAAGAAAUGAUGCAGGAGGCCAGUGCUCGGCUCGGUGUGCCACUGUCCUGCAUUGUUCCAGUGAAGAACUACAGUGAAGAGUUGGAGUUGGACCCAAACUGCGACAUCCUGCUGCUCACCGCCAUCAUCCAGAUGCUUCGCUUUGCUGAUAAUUACUUCGAUGAGCUGAGUGACCGAUUCAGCAACAUUCAAACCAAAGAAUAACAAUUUAGGUUGGAGUCACAGUCAGCGUGUGGACAGUCAGAUGGUUUUAUCAUCAGCUUUGCCUCCUUCAAGCUGAUGUACGUCCAGAUGAAAUUGAUGAUAUUUGAUCUUUGGAGUCAAAGUUUACCAAGAAAAUCACAGUGUGCAGUAUGUUACAAAAGAGAAUGUUAAGCUGAUAAAAAACACAAUUUCUAAUAAUGCUUUUCCCAGUGACAGAAUAAGUAUUCAGAUUCACACAUUAAAAAUACUACAGUACGUGUCCUGCAUUGAAAAUGUUAUUUAAGUGAAGGUAUGGAAGUAUAAUCAAGAAAAUGUGUUUUAAGUAUUAAAAAUAAAAGUACUCUUUAAUUUUGA